UAUUUACUGUUUUGUGUUCCGUCCUAAUAGCAGUUCAAACGUCCUUUGUGUGACCUCAACGCCCGAAAUCUGAAAUAAGUGAUCAAAAAAUACCGUAGAUUUCAAAAAAUUCAAAUAAUAAAAAAGUACAUUUUAUAUUAACCAAAACCCAAUCAAAAUGAGUGCAAAAUGUCCUAAUGAAUGUCCCCGUAAAUUUGUGGUUGGCGGUAAUUGGAAAAUGAAUGGAAGUAAAAAACAAAUUGAUGAAAUUAUAUCUUUUCUUAAGGCCGGACCUUUAGACUCUAACACAGAAGUCGUUGUUGGUGUUCCUGCGGUGUAUCUUGAAUAUGUCCGUAAUAAUCUUCCAGCAAACAUUGGAGUAGCUGGACAAAACUGUUACAAAGAAGAAAAAGGUGCAUUCACUGGAGAAGUUUCACCACUAAUGUUGAAAGAUAUCAAUGUAGAUUGGGUAAUUUUAGGUCAUUCAGAAAGAAGGCAAAUUUUCAAAGAAACUGAUGAUUUAAUAGCUGAUAAAGUAGCAUUUGCUUUAGAAAAGGGACUUAAGGUCAUAGCUUGUGUAGGUGAAACAUUGGAACAGCGUGAAAGUGGCAAAACAGAGGAAGUUGUUUUUGCUCAGACACAAGCAAUAGCAUGUAAAUUGAAAGAUUGGACAAAUGUUGUAAUUGCAUAUGAACCAGUAUGGGCGAUUGGUACUGGUAAGACAGCUACUCCUCAACAAGCUCAAGAUGUUCACAAGGCACUAAGAGAAUACAUAGCUAAAAAUAUUGGAGCAGAUAUUGCAAAGAGUAUUAGAAUUCAAUACGGUGGAUCUGUUACUGGAGCUAAUUGUGUAGAAUUGGCAGCUAUGCCUGAUAUAGAUGGAUUUUUGGUUGGUGGCGCAUCUCUGAAACCAGAGUUUGUUAACAUCGUUAAUGCCAGACAGUAGAUGAUCAACUCGAGUGUUCCAAAUAGUAUUCAAAAAUUUCUGUACAUCAAAUAUAAAAAAUAAGUUUAUGUAUUAAUUCUGUUGAUUAAAUCUUUUGUUAUGCUUCAGUAUUCUUUGGUCCAGUAUUUAAUAAUAAGAAAACAAAUAUUAAUAAAUGCAAAAACAUUUAUUCUUGGCAAAAUAACAUCAAUACAUUUAAAAUAAAUGACAAGAAGUAUGAUCACAGUUUAUGUUAAACAACAGUCGUAUUGUAUAUCUAAAAUUAUCUAUAAUACAAUUUUAGUUGCUUCACUUCAGAAGAAAAUAAAUCACAAUUAAUUGUAUACAUUUUUUGGUAUGCCACCAUACAGUCAUUAGAAAGCAACUGUUCAUAAUAUUUAGUAUAGUACUGGAGAAAAGAAACUAAAUAAAAAUAUCAAAACUUGCAUUACUUUAAUAUCAUGUGUGUAAUUUUUCUUCCUCUAAUAUACCAAGCCUAUUUCAGAACUCUUUUUUUAAACCUGCAGUUGUUUAGAUAUAAAUUACAAGUUAUCUUUUGAUUUCAUUUCUAUUUUGUCGAGGUUCAUUUCACUAAUGUGUUAGCUCCACAAGAUAUCUUUUAUGACUAUUGGGUAUUUUGAUUUGUAUUAUUUUUCCAGCUGGAAAUCUUAUCUAUAUUUCUGAUGUAUCUACUCUGUUUCAAAGGAAUAAGUCCUUAUUGGUAUCAUAUAUGAUUCACCUCUGUGUACUUCAUCAUCUAGUCUAAAAAUCUUUUUUUUUUCUGAUUAUAUUGCAUGAAUAUUUUCUAACUUUUCACUUAUACUUUUUUAUAUGUUUUUCAUGAUGAUUUUAAGUCUUUUUUUUUCAUUAAAAUCCGUUUAAAAUAGCAUGUGCAAUUUGAUGUUUCUACCUACCUAUAUCUUGAAUUAAAAUUCCUUAGCCAUUUUAUCUCUUGUCGAUACUGCUUCCCUGCAAAAAUCCAUCCAAGAGAUAUAAUUUGUAACCUUUUUUUCUGGAUUUCUGUAUUUAAUCCUUUCCUGCCAGCAGCCAUUUAUUAUCUCAACUUGAUGUACAUUAAGACAAAUUAAUUUUGAAUCGGUUUCUUAGAUUUGUUCUUUGGCAAACAAUAAUUCAAAAAUAAAAAAUAUACAGCAUUUGUUUUGAAACAUUUAAACUAUUCGGUUUUGUAUGUUCACCUAAACAGAAAGAGAUCCUUUAUCAUUUGUAAGUUGAUAAUGAUUCCUUAAAUUUGUAGUCGGACUACAAGUUAUAUGAAAACUUUAGCAGACCGAAAAAUGUAUUUGUUAAAUAUUAAGAAUAGAAUCACAAUUUUUAAUUGCAUAUUUUUUUACAUUCAGUGAUUCAUGUCAUGUAAAAAGAUUUCUUUGAACAUUCACCAGUUAUACAAAAAAAAACUUUGCAACUAUAAAAAGAAUUAACAGGUACAAUAUUUACUUGUUCUUUCGCAUAAUCUCAUCAUAAUUUUAAUAUAAGCCUCUCUUCCAGGAAUGAUAAAGUAAUUUGUCAGGAAAUUAUGAUUUUUUUUCAAAUGGCAUUCCAAUGCUCUGCCCUCCAUAACAAAACAAACAUAUUUGGUUUAACAGUUUGAGAAACACCUGUACCCAUCAUGGGGCUUGGAAGAGGAGUACCAGUCGCAACAGGUACGUCUGUAUAUCUGGCUAAUAAAUUACGGUAUCCUCUUCCAAUCGUAGCAAUCAAUGGAACUUUAUUAAGAUUUCCAGAAUUUCCUUUUCCGGUGUGAAGAGGAACGAUCGCUCUUAUUUCUUCUUCAUAUGGUCGAAAUAUUGUAAUUGGACGGAGAGUAAAACGCUCUGCUAUUAUCACACAACCCCAGGUUGUUCCUAUGUACAGUUCAUCAUUAAGAGAUACUAGACUUGUUACCUUAAAAAAAAGUAAUAAAUAAAUGAAACCAUAGUUUUAACUUUGUAUCUUAUGGAAGACUAAUGUAUAAACUAGUGUAAAUUAAAAAUUGAACUUAUAUCAGUUGUGAACCAGAUUACUGAUAUUUGAAAUCUCAAUAACAUAAUGGAAAUAAAGUAUUUAUUUUUG